UUACAAAAGCAAUUGCAAAUGAAUUCCAGGCCAACUUCAUAAGUGUCAGGGACCUGCAUUGCUUCUGCAGUUGGCCUGGCAUUCCAAUAUCCACACGGUCCAAAAUUCAUAAAUGGACCGAGUCAUUUGUUGUCCUGGGAAAAAAAGAAGUCUCAGCUAAAAAGGGUUGAAGGAUCUUAGAAAUGGUGUUGCUUUGUUAAUUAAUAGUUGGAGAUCAUAGAAAUGAUCUGAAAAAACCAACAAAAAAUUUCAAACAGUCCAAAAUUGAAGCAUGGACUAAGUUUUUUGUUGAAAGGGAAAAAAAAAGAUCAUAGCCAGUCAAAUGGAUGGGAGAGCAUACAUUGCUUUUUUAGUAAAAUGGGUUGGAUGGUCAUACAAAUUAGAAAUUGUGCUCACAGUGGUUUACCUUAACCGGAAUUUCUCCUUUUACUCUAAAUCUAAAUACAUUGGCUUUAAUUAGAUAUCAUUAUUGUUUGCAGAUAUCUGAGGUUGUCAAUACUCAAUUUCAUGAAAGAUCUGAUAGAUAUCUGUCGGGAGCACAAAAUUGGGGCAAUUGGUAAAUUUUAAAUUGCUUUUGUUACUAUAUUACCCUAUUGGGACCAAAUGGACGGAUCGUUUGUGCCUAGAAACAACAUUGAAGCGGCUAUACUUCUUUUAAUGAUUUUGCUAAGAAAAGUCGCUCUAAAUAGAAUUGAGUGGGAUCCUUCAAUUUUGGACCACCUUUCAUUUGCUCUAUCUGUUUCUGGAGAUUUGAUGAUUUUAGCCAAUCAAUUGGAAGAAUUGCUUCCUGGAACUAUCCAUCGAAAGGAGAGGUUCCAUGCUUUAGCUCUUUGUUAUUACGGAGCAGGGAAGAACGUGGAAGCGCUGGAUCUUCUUAGAAAACUGCUGAGUAAUAGAGAGGACCCAAGACAUGUUCCAAGUUUGUUAAUGGCUUCUAAGAUUUGUUGCGAGAACUUCAGUGUUACAAAAGACCCUGGGGUAAGCUUUGCUCGGAUGGCACUUGAGAACUUGGAUGGAAGAUGUAAUCAGUUAGAAAAUAUGGCCAAUUUCUUACUUGGUGUUUCACUUUCUGCAUACUCAAAAUUGGCCAUUUCUGAUGCUGAGAUGGUUAAGAGACAAUCUGAGGCACUUCAUACCCUUGAAACUGCCUGCAAAUUGAGCAGAAUGGAAGACCCUGUUGUAUUAUACCAUCUGAGUUUAGAAUACGCUGAGCAACGGAAGUUGGAUGCUGCACUUCAUUAUGCUAAGUGCAUUGUAAAACUUGAAGUUGGCUCUAAUGUUAAAGGUUGGUUACUGUUAUCUAGGGUAUUAUCCGCACAAAAGCGGUUCUUAGAUGCCGAAUCUAUUAUCAAUGCUGCUUUGGAUCAGACUGGGAAAUGGGAUCAAGGUGAUUUGUUACGAACAAAGGCGAAACUUCAGAUCGCUCAGGGCCAGUUAAAUAGUGCCAUUGAGACAUACACUCAGCUUCUUGCUGUUCUUCAAGUUCAUAGUAAAAGUUUUGGUUCUCGGAAUAAGCUAUUUAAGGACAAAAGAGAUCAGAUUAGGAAUUUGGAAGUUGAAGUAUGGCAUGAUCUUGCUUAUGUAUACAUCAGCCUUUCACAAUGGCGUGACGCAGAGGCCUGCCUUUCAAAAUCUCGGGCCAUCAAACUAUACUCUUCUACUAGAUGUCAUGCAAUAGGGUAAUAUAGUAACAAAAGCUUAUUUGGGACAAGGAUUCUGAACUUAGGAAGGAUAAUAUUUAUGCAGAUGAUGCCACUUUCAUUGUCUUGUAAUGGUCGAAUUGCUUAUUAAUAUACAGAUCAAACCUGUUCUCACUUCUCAUUUCACUUUUAUAUAUAUUGCA